AUGCGCUUCAUCUACUUUCUUCUCGUUGGCAGUGCUGCCAUUUUCGCGAUCUCCGAAGGUGCAGUGCCAACUCCAUCCAAGCAGCUGAAGAUUUCGUCCGCAGACGUGCUUCGUCCAGUAGAUGAAGCUUUGUCAAGGAGAGUCCUGAGAAGUCGUGAUACAGCUGAAGCUAGUGAAGACUUGAGCGACGAAGAGCGCGGACCCUACAGCUACCUUUAUUAUCUGAUCAGGAACAAACGGCAGGAGGGGGAAAUAAAGAAAGUAGUUGCGAAGUUGAUCAAGGACAAGGCGGAGUUCGAGAAAUUAUUCAGUGCUGGAGUAUUACCCUCGCACUACUUCGACGGCUGA